UUGCCCGAUCGAACGGACGCAAGUCGCUUGUCAAGACAUUACUAUAUAGUUUCGUAUAUUUUCACUCAAAUCAAGCUCCACUAUGGGUCUGUGGAAUUCUAAGAAGAAGAGUGAGGAGGAAGUGAAAGUGGAGGCUUCAGAGCCCGAAAAACAGCCAGAGGUGCCAGAGAUUGACCAGAGCCACUUGAUUCCCAAGUGGCUAAAUGAAACGCAAUUUGAGGAAUUACUUGCCGCGAACGUUGCGCAGUUCUCCAAGAUAGUGGGAUUCCGGAUGAAGCCAGCGAUGGCACCCGGAGAGAACUAUGCCACUCUUAUGCUGAGGAUCAGCAUCGAUGUGGAGCUCACGGAUAAAAGCACCAAGCUGGUCUCGUUUAUGAUGAAAAUUCCCCACGAUACUCAACAAAUGCAACAGAUGCUACAAAUGGCAAACUUCUUUGUCUCCGAGAACUUGGCCUACAUUGACGUUUUGCCAAAAAUGGAAGAGCUCUACAAGGCAAAGGGUCUGGACAUUAGAUUCGCUCCAAGAGCAUACAAGCUAGAUGCCGAAAAGGAACCGAAACUGGCCAACACCGUGCUGAUGAAUGAUCUCGGCCGGGAUGGAUAUAAGAACUUCAAUCGUCUUAACUGCCUGAACCUGGAACAAUCUAAGUUCGCUCUUAAGAAACUGGCUCAGUAUCAUGCAGCCGGCGCCAUGAUGGUUCAAGUGCAUGGUCCCUACCCCGAUGUCUUCGUCUAUGGAUCGAUGGGAACGAAUGUGGAUCUAAUAUUACAAUUUCUGGAGGGUAUGAUUGGAUCUUUUCGAACUGCAUUCCUGGCCAAUCUGAAGAACUUCAAGGACGGCGAAAGCUAUCGGGAGAAGCUUGAAAAAUCUCUCGGGGCACUAUCAACAGCUUUCAUACAGGUGGGCACAGUCGAUCCCGCGGAGUUCAAUGUGCUGAAUCAUGGCGAUUGCUGGAUGAACAAUCUCCUGUUUAAGGUCGGCUCUAAUGGCGAGUUGGAAGACAUGGUCUUUGUUGACUUCCAAAAUCCCAAAUACGGAGCGCCCACUAUGGACCUGCUUUACUUCAUCAUCACCUCGGUGAACAUCGACUACAAGUUGGAGUACUUUGACUACUUCGUCAGGCACUAUCACGAGCAACUGACCCAGCAUCUGGACCUUCUUGGUUAUACCGGGCGACAGCCUUCGUUGCGUGAGCUGCACAUUGGCGUGAUUAAGAACGGUGGCUGGGCGCUGUUCCCAUCUAUUGCCGUGUUGCCAGUGGUGCUUCUGGACUCCACAGAGGCAGCAACAUUCGAGAAUUUCAUGAGCGAGAACGAAGCAGGCACCAAUUUCAAGAACCUGCUGUACUCAAACAAGCGGUAUCAGCGCUAUAUUAAUCGGAUUCUUCCUUGGUUGAAUAAUCGGGGUUUCCUGGAAGUCAGCAAUGUUCCUAUGGCUAUCCCAACGGCAUCAGAGCCUCAAACGGCUCCGCAGCCUAUGUUGGAGUCUUCCCCAAAACCUGCCCAAACUGAAAAUCCGGACCAGAUCUUGGACUGGCUUAAUGUCAACGACUUCAAAGACAUUAUCUCUCAAGCUGAACCCGAUUUUGAGAAGAUUAUCAAAGGAACCUGGAAAUCAGCCACUAAGCCAGGGGAUAACUAUGCCUCCAGUCUCCUACAAGUCGACAUAGAAGCGCAGUUAAAGGACGGCAACAUCAAGACCUUCUCCUACAUCCUAAAGGUGCAAACAUCCAAUAACACGAUCAACUUCUCCGACUUUAACCUGUUCCCCAAGGAGAUCGAGAUGUAUGGUAAAUAUGUACCUGCCUUUGAGCAGCUCUACAAAGACGCCGGCUCACCGAUCACAUUCAGUGCCAAGUCCUUCCGGCUCAGCAAGGAGGUUAGCGCCGAAUAUCUGAUAAUGGCGAACCUGCAAACUGAGGGCUUCAAAAUGUGCGAUCGCAUGAAGGGCAUGGACAUGGAGCACAGCAAGUGCACUCUGAAGAAGCUAGCCCAAUGGCAUGCCGCCUCCCUGAAGUACAAGGAACUGAAUGGGCCGUACCCGCCGAAAUACGACAAUGGCAUCUUUACGGAGAAGACAGCGAAUGUGUUUAAGAGUAUGUUUAUCCAAACAAGGAGCGCAUUUUUGGCUGAAUUGGCUAAAUUUGACGGAGCCGAUGAGUACCUGCACAAAUUGCCACCCCUUAUGGACGCCCAUGUAGAUAAAAUCAUAGAAGAUGCCAAAAUCAACGAAGCAGAAUUUAAUGUGCUUAAUCAUGGCGAUGCCUGGCUCAACAACAUAAUGUUCCAAUACGACGCCGAUGGACGUGUCAAGGAGACCUUCCUGCUGGAUCACCAGGUCACAAAAUAUGGGAAUCCCGCCCAGGAUCUUUAUUAUUUCAUCAUGAGUUCCACGAAUCUGGAUAUCAAACUCGAUCAGUUUGACUAUUUAAUCCGUUGGUAUCACGAAAACUUGGAGACUCAUACCAAGCUACUGAAGUACAACGGCUUUGUACCAUCUCUUAAAGAAUUGCACGUCAUUCUGCUAGAGCAUCCCAUUUAUGCUGCUGGUACCGUGCUUAGCACCCUGACAAUUUGCCUGAACAAAGCCGAAGAGAAUUUUUCCACAGAUGCCUUUUUAAAGGAAGAUGCGGAAGGUGAAGCUAUCAGGGCAGCGCUUUUCAACAAUGAACGCUACAGGGCCCACGUUGAGCGCAUUAUGCCUUGGUUAAACAAACGAGGCCUUCUCGAUGGCUUUGGCGAUGAGACUACCAAAUAAAAUAUUAAGGUGACGUGAAGAUCACAAUAA